AUGCACUCUGGGCAUAUCAUAGGAAGAUCUCCAUUUCAGCUGGUAUAUGGAAAAGUAUGCCAUUUACCUGUAGAGCUAGAACACAAAGCUUUUUGGGCCACAAAACUUCUAAAUCUUGAUGCCCAAGUAGCAGGAGAGAAGAGACUGUUGCAACUCAAUGAGUUAGAAGAAUUCAGACUUGAAGCAUAUGAGAAUGCCAGAAUAUACAAGGAAAAAGCAAAGAGGUGGCAUAACAAGAAGAUCUCUCCAAGGACAUUUGAACCAGGCCAACAAGUGCUGCUCUUCAACUCUAGGCUAAAGAUUUUUCCUGGAAAGCUUAAAUCCAAAUGGACUGGUCCAUACACCAUCGCAAGAGUUUCCCCUCAUGGCUAUGUGGAAUUACUUGAUGAAGCCUCAAAGGAGACAUUCACAGUCAAUGGUCACAGGGUAAAGCUCUAUCUUGGUGGCCCCUGGAGCAAGGAAGAAAGUGUGCACUUGUUAACAUAA